AUGAGUCUAUCAAAAGUAAACGUAUUUUUGCAUAAAAAAGAUCCUUCAAAAAGACUACAUGUUCUCGCACUUGCUAUCGACACUCAUACAUAUUUUAAUGUCAAGAUUUCUUAUCCAGAUGAAAUCGUUAAGCUUGGCAAAGAACGUAAUUAUAAAAGUUUAAAAAAUAGUUUUAUGAUUUUUAAAAUUGAUUGUAGUGAAGCGUUCAAGAUUGCAAUGGAAAAAAAAAAGUUUCGUCAAAACUCUGGAUCUUUUAAGGACUAUGCAUUUCUCUGGCAGAUUUCUUCAAAAGAGGUCAAAGAUGAAUAUGAAAAUCUUUUCAUUGGUUAUAAAGAGUUAUUGCCUAAAGCCCUUAAUUUUGUUCCAUGUUUUCCUCAAGAAAGGACAACAGAAGUAGUUGCACAAGAUCAUAUCCCGACUCCUCAACCUGAAAUAAUUCAAAAUCCUUCUUUUGGUUUGAGUCCUUACCUAUCAAAUACUAUGGGAGAAAAUGAAAAUUUAUUCGAUUUAGGUUAUGGACAUUACGAUCUUUCCAGAAUUACAAUUCAAACUCCCGUUCCCAUCAUAAAUCAAUUGGACUGGUAUGGCUCAUCUCAUGAUAUAUUGAAUUGGCCACUCGUGUAUACGCCAAAUUUAGAUGAUGAUGAUUACCAAAUAAUUCAAAGUUGA